AUGUCGAUAAUUGUGAAAACGAUCAUUUUGGCCCUACUUGUUGGUGUUGUCGUCGCCGCUAAAGAUACCUGCAAAGCCAACCAAAUCUUGAAUGGCGAUGCUUGUGUUUGUGCUCCAGGGUAAGCUUUUUAAAAUAACUUUUAAAUUUUGGCAAAAAAAAUUAAAUUUAGCACCAAGUUAUGCCGUAUUUUACCCAUGAUUAACCUGUCAAUAAUUGGUUUAAACAGAGAUAAAUAAAAGAGGUCACUAUAAUAAACCAGAAAGAAAAAGUUAAUAAUGAUUCCCAUUUCAGAUACUUUACCUCAUCUGACGACGAAUCUAAACAGAGAUGUGAGGACGAAUGUGCUGUUGUAAGUUUUUAACUUCAAAAAGUUUUAAAUUUCAACUUCUUUCAUGCACUUACGACACAAUAUAAGUAGUUCUCUAUUAUUUUGGCCUUAUAAUGAAGAUAUAUUACCUUCAAAUUACUAGGCUUUCAAAAUUCACAGUUUAUACCAGCUUUUCAAGCUUCAUAAUAACCUUAAAAGUUUCAUUCCAGCAUUUCAAACCUUACACAAAGCCUUACAAACCUUAAAACAACUUAACGAACUUUAUGAUACUAACUUAAUAAGCUUUAUACUAGCUUUAAAUGCCUCAUAAUAAUCUUUCAAACCUUAUAAUAAGCCUGAUCAAGCUUAUAUUCGGCAUAUGAACUUUACCUUAGUCAUAUCAAUCUUAUACUAGCCAUACCAACCUUAUACCAGCGGUAACAACCUUAUAUUAGCCAUAUAAACCUUAUAUUAAUCAUACAACCUUAUAAUAAGCCUUAUCAACCUUAUAUUAUUAAAAUAAACCUUAUGUUAGCCAGCUCACGCUUAUAUUAGCCAUAUAAACCUAUAACGACCAUGUCAAUCUUAUACUAGCCAUGCUAACUAUAUAUUAACAUCUAAACUUUCUGAAAGACAUAGCGAAACUUAUAAUAGGCUUUACAGACCUUAUAUUAGCCGUAUACGCCACAUAUUAGGUUUGUCAAAUAAUUCUGUGCCCUCUCUCAAAGUAAAUUUUUGGAGCACAGAAUUAUUUGAAAAACCUCAUAAAAGCUUUUUAAAAAUCAUGAUAACUUCAAUCCAAAUUCUACACAUUCCUAUACUUUUAGGCCUACUUCACCUACUUCACAUACGGCCGCUGUGCCGGUGGCUUGUUCGACCGUGUGAGCAAGGAAGACCGACCAGCCUGUGACAUGCGUUGUUCCUUCGACUUCCGUCUCUGGACCAUUAUUGCCAUCUUUGCGACAUUCGCCGCCGCUGUCGCUACAUUGAUCUUCACCAUCCCCAUGUGUGUGGCUACUUGUGCUUCGUGUUUGCAUUCACGUAAGGCCGUGAAACAUACGAAACGCGCCAACGAGACCGCUGCGGCCAAUGGUACUAGCAAAGACUUGCAGGCCGUAUCUUACAAUCCGUAUGCUUACUACAACUACUAUGGCAGAGUUCAUAAUGGAUUGUAA